AUGAAUUAGUAAUUUUAGGGAAUUCCAGAAACUAUUGAUUAGAAAUUAGAAUUCUUUAAUGAACGUAAACAAUAAGAACUCCAUAAAAGAGCUAGAAUUCUUAAAUUUACAUAAUUAAAAACCAAAGGUUAUACUUUUGGUUUGGGUAGAUAUGUAACUUUAAUUCUUGUACAUUCUAGCCUUUGGAAAAGUAAUUAGAAACACCAGGACCAGGUCAUUAUUCUACUUAAUAACCAGAAAUUAUAAUCAGUUAUAGUAUGGGUGUUAGACUCAAUUAAAAAGGUAAUUAUGAUAACAUUUUCUUAAGUUCAUAAAUUUUAAGCUCCUCCUUUGGGUACUUAUGAAAUUAAAGGAUUAGAUAAAUAUGGUUAUUAUACUAAUUCCAAAUUUAAAAAUGCUUGUGCAACUCUAUUUAGUCCCUUGAAAAACAGUAAUGUUAAAUAAGUACUGUGAAUUCAUUAAAAAGCCAAUUGUAUCUCCUGGUCCUGGUGAUUAUGAAUUGCCAGGUAGUAUUAAUUCAAAAGGAAAGCAUUUCAUUUCUAAUUUUAAAACGAAUUAAGGUUGGGC